AUGGGAUUCGAAUAUGAAGAACCAACUUGGUUAAAUUUCGAAAUCGAAGUAGUCUUUGAUCCAAAUUUCAUAGAGAAAAAUCAACAGUUGGAAGAAUAUAAAUCAUUAGAACUUGAUAAGUUAACAUGGAUAACCUUGAUAACCAACGCUGUAGGUAAAUUAUAUGGAUUAGUUGGAGAAUCACUAUUCUAUGAAAUCAUACAGUUAUCGGAUAAUGGUAAAAAAUGUAAUGUUAAGAUCAUGAAGGAAGAUGAAAAAGUGUUUAAAAAUAGCUUUUUCACCUAUAAAUUCAAAUUUAAUGCCAUUUAUGGAGGUAAUCUUGAUUGUGAAUGUUACCUCAAUGUUAUAAAAGUCCAUAAAAUUCAAGAUCAAUCAUGA